GUGUUCUGCUUCUCUUCUUCUUCCCCGACAAGCCCCCCCCCAGCUGCCGAUAGUCCCCCUUUGAAAAAUUGGCAAAAAGCUUGGAAUUUUCUCCUUCUUUCUUGUUCAAUCACAAGAUUUGGGGCUUAGAAUCUUCCCUCUCCACCCAGAAAAAAAAUCCCAGAUCUGCUCUCUUCCUUCUGCCGCGAGCCCCCCCCGUUACCGCCACCCAUUUCCGGCCGGGAACACCGGAAAAGCUUGGGGAUUUCUCCCUAUUUUCUUGUUCUAGAACAGCUAUUAAACCCAGAAAUCCCGGAUCUGUUCUGCUCUUCCUUCCCCUGCCCGCGAGCUGCUCUUGCCGGUGGAGAGCUUCUCGGUUUUUCUGGUAGGCCGUGAGCUUCUUCUCCAAAAUCCUGUCAGCUUCAUGUUCACCGGACCCGGCUUUUGCUUGCCGGAAAAUUCUGGUAAGUUGCCGGCUCUUUCAAGUCCAAUUUAUCCAUGUAGUUGUUGCCUUGUGUUGAUUGGAUUUCCUGCUAUUGAGUUGCCCUGUUUGCUGCCCGAAAUCUGCUGGAUUGGUAGCCUUUUUGACAUGUUUUUUUAGCUUAAUUUAUGUAGAAUUAGUUUGAUUUGGCUGCUAUGAUUUUUGGAGAGGAAAUCCCGUGUGUGUGAGUUGUGGUUGCCAAAGCCAUGCUCUCCUGCCGUGAGAAAUGGGGAAAUUUUAGUAGUUUAAGCUAUGUUUUUAAGCUUGAUUAAGUGUAAAUUAGCUUGAAUUGGGUUGUUGUGAUUUUGGAGAAAAAUCCGUGAGAUUAGUUAUUGUUUUGCCAAUUUUGGAAGUUGAAGUUACUGUUAACGGGUACUGUUCAUGGAUACUGUUCACGGGCACUGUUUACACACCGAGGGCCAACAAUUAACGGGGAUUUAAAUGUUUAGUUUUUGAUAUAAGAACAAUUUGGAGAUGUUUGGUCAUGUGGAGAGUGAUAGAAAUAGCACCGUGAUUAGGGGUUUUGAUCGUUCUGUCACCAUAGCACUUGGGUUAAGCCUUCUGUUUUGUGCGAGUAAGAUAAGUAAAUUAUGAUAAAGCCCUUCGAUUUUAAAGCAUGUUUUCAAUUGUUUUUGAGAUGGUGGCGAGGCUUAAAUUGAUUUUAUGAGCAUCUAAGUGUGAUUAAACUAAAAUGAAAAUUGUGAUGAUUUUUAUGAGAAUUUCAUUGUUUUUCGGGAAUUGAGUAUGAUUGAAAUGGAAAUGAGAAUUUCAUUGUUUUUUUGAAAUCGAGCAUGAUUGAAAUGAAAAUUAUAAUUUUCUAGAAUUGAGCAUGAUUGGAGUGAAAAUGAGAAUUGUAUUGUUUUUCUAGAGUUGAGCAUGCCCACAUGAAAUUUUCUGGUUUAUAUUUGGAAUUGACUGAACUACUUUGAUGAACUGAGAGUUUUGUAAAUUUUGAGUUUUUCUAUUAAAUCCAUGCUCACAUGAGAAUUUUUCGGUUUAUUUCUAAAAUUGAAGAUUGGUUGUAAAUUUUGGAUUUUUUCUGUAAAUCCUGCUUGGUUUUGUCUCUGAUAUAGUCAUGAUUACUGACGCCCGCUAGUGGGAGUUGCAAACGCUAGCACAUGUCGACAUGUAUUUCUGUAGAACCGGUUCAUCCUGCGAAUGGGAUAAUACAUUGGUAAUUACUGACGCUUGCCAGUGGGAGUUUGUUAAACAAUGGUACUACUGACGCCUGCCAAUGGGCGAAUACAUUGGUAAUUACUGACGCUUGCCAAUGGGAGUUUGUAAACACUGGUACCAUUACUGACGCCUGCCAGUGGGAGUUUGUUUAACACUGGUACUUUUGUAACCUUGCCAAUGGGGUUAAACAUUGGUAACUACUGUGCCCGUCAGUGGAAGGUUUAUAAACGCUAGUCAUAACUUAUAGAUGAGACUACUAUUGAAUUUUCUUCUACAUUAAUGAUUUGUCAUGAAACAUUUUGUUAUUGAACUGAAUCUGACUCUGUUUUAACGGUUUGUUAUUGAACGUUUUGUUGUGUUAAACUGUUUAUCAGGCAUGCUAAAAGUUUUACCCAAGGGCUAUUUAUAUUUUUACU